AUGUCGUACAAUCAUCGGAUGAGCCAGCAAUUCCAUGGCACCCAGCAACACCAUAACAGGGGACGCAAGAAGGAAGAUGAGAACGAUGCCUUGAUGCGCCUGCCAGAUAAAGAAAUUGCAGGAUGUAUCAACGAUAUUGGUAUUCCUUUUACGACCGCCGACUUGAUCAAACCGAACCCGCAGCAGAUUCAAAUGGUGUUUGAAUGGUUCGGAGAACUCCUUAUGAAUGUCACCAAAGAGACGGUAGAGCCUGCUAUGCGUGCAGCUGGCGAUGAUGUAUCUGGCGAUUACCCAGACAUUGUGCCCGUGGACACGCGCAAUUUAAUGGGGUUCUUUAUCAGUCUGAAGAGGUUAAUGCAGGAGUGCGGAGUAAAUGAUUUCACAUUUACGGAUUUGACCAAACCUACACACGACAGACUCAUCAAGAUCUUCUCGUAUCUCAUUAACUUUGUUCGAUUCCGCGAGUCGCAAACCCCUGUCAUUGAUGAGCAUUUCAACAAAACAGAAAAAACCAAAUCACGCAUCGAUACACUCUACGUGGAGAACCAGGAGAUGGAACAACGGCUGGAGGAAAUGCGACGGAGCCUUAAGGCCAACGAAGGGCAGGUGAGGGAGAAGGUCAGGAGGAACGAUGAAUUGAAAGCACGGCUGCUCGAAUUGAGACGAAACCAGGAAAGGGUCGCUGAAACCCUUGAACGAGUAAAAACGGAGAAGGCAAGGCGACAGGCUCUAUUGGAAGAGAAGACCGAAAAGGUUGUGCGCAAUCGACAAGAAGUGGAGAAGCUUCGACCAUACGUCUUGGAGAGCCCAGCAACUCUCCAGUCAACACUGACUGAACUUUCGGAGAGCCUGCUACGCGAGAAAGCCCAGAUCGAUGCGAUGGAGAAGAGAGCCAGAGCUUUGCAAACGUCAUCAGAUACCUUCACAGUGGUUGGAAACGAUGUGCAGGCUUGCGUCAGGCUUCUCGAGGACAUAGCUAUGGAGUUACAGAAAGAGGAUGACGAAGAUUCCCGAGCUUCAAGGAACAAGGAAGCCAUUUCCGAGAGGGGCAAUAAUGUUAGAGAAGUGGAACAGACUGAAAAACUGCUUCAGCGACAAUUAGCACGCUGGAAUGAGAGGAUAGAAGCGCUCGGAAAGAAUGCUCGGGAAAAAGCAGCAGCAGCACAAGCUCGGAUGGAGGAGCUUCGAGAUGUCCAGAAGCAGCUCCGUGAAGAGCGUGCAGAAAAGCAGCGUGAUAUGGAGAGACGGAGAAUCCGCAUUGAGCAAACUGAGAAAAAGAUGGCCGAUCUCAAAGAGAAUAUCGAGAGCGAGAUUCAAAGCGCCCAUGACCAGUAUCUCAAGCUGGAAUCACAUAUCAAGCUUUAUACCACCGAGAUGGAAAAGUGUCUAUGA